GCUCUUCUUUUAACAGCAAGUUGCGAUUGUUGCUGUUAUAAUUAAUUAAGACUGGCUGAAUCCAAGAUGGCUUCAAACCCUUCUGGACAAGGCUUUCAGAAUAAAAACAGGGUUGCAAUCUUGGCUGAGCUAGACAAGGAAAAGAGGAAGCUGCUGAUGCAAAACCAGUGUUCCGCAAAUCACCCUGGAGCCAGCAUCUCGCUCACUAGGUCCUCCCUCAAUAAGGAUUUUCGUGAUCACGCGGAGCAACAGCACAUAGCAGCACAGCAGAAGGCUGCCUUGCAGCAUGCUCAUGCACAUUCUUCAGGAUACUUCAUCACCCAGGACUCUGCGUUUGGCAAUCUCAUUCUUCCUGUGUUGCCACGGCUUGAUGUAGAGUGAGAACCUGAUUUAGCAUCCUCGGAAUGAUGACCGUUGAAGGGCGUCAAGACCGGCCUGCUGCCUAAGCCAUUGGGAGUGAUCUGUGAAAAUAACCAAGGACUCAGAACGGAACAAACUUUCCUUUACGGUCUGCCUUUCAUUUUGGAGCCGAACUCUUAAUUCGAAGUGGGGGAGGACAUUGAACGGUUUCAAGAGUUCUGAUCUACCUUAUUGUUUGAAAAUUGCAAAACACCGAUAUAUGCUUGAGUUUGCUACCUCGGUUCUUUCUUCUUGCUCUUUCUCUUCACCUGAAUUCAUCACAUGUCCAAGAAGCAAUGUGAUAACGUUUACCGUUGACUCGGCAUGUGAGGACGUUCCUAGUAAACAUCUGCCAUCUCACUGAUUUGUAUAACAACCUGAUAAAGUUGGUCAGUGUUAUCCCCAUAUUCCACAGGGGAGUCCCAAGUUUGAGAAGCGAGUCAUUUUUCCUUUUACAAUGUUGUUGGUAGGAGUAGUUGGAUCUAAAUGAUCUCUGCAUACAAGAGGCCUACACAAAUAGCAAAGGAACUUCUAUUAGAUUUUAACAAAAGUUUGGACAUGAUCGUCAUUUAAAGGCAGUUUUAUUACUUUGUAAAACUUAAAAGCAAAGCUGGGGGGAGGGGUUAAAUUUUUCUGGAUGUGUAGAGUAUUCAGUGAGGGGAAAGGGGAAAGUCGCUGUAACAGAAGCAGUCUGAAAAUGACCAGAUGCUAUUGAACAAAUCAUGGUCUUCCCUUUUUGUUUUUAGGUAUGGAGACAGGAAGGUGAGCAGUGGUGGGAUUCAAAUAAUUUAACAACCGGUUCCGGUGGUGGGAUUCAAAUAAUUUAACAACUGGUUGUUUACAAGCACCAUUUUAACAACCGGUUCUGCCGAAGUGGUGCGAACCGGCUGAAUCCCAUCACUGAAGGUGGGAUAUACUGGGGAUAUUUCUUGUGACCUGUAUUCCCUAUUUACUAGUGAGGCUGCCUGCUUUGCUUUGCCCAGUUUUUCUCUUCAACACGUAUCUUCCAAGUCAACAUGUAAAACUGCAAAUGACCGCUAGCAUCAUUUAUAAAUUAUUCAAAAGCACGGGAAAGCAAGGCAGAGUCGACAGGGUGCCCAAAACUUGCUAGCAAAGCCAGCAGACAAACUUGAUGAGAGACGGGAGCGCCGAUGCUCAAGUUCCUCUUUUCUCCAGCACUGAAACAUCAAACAUCUGAAGGAGGCAGUUUGGAUAAAGAUCUCUAAAACAGAUCUCAAGUGACAGGCAGCUCCUUAGGAGAACAUAUAUGUGGCGAAGAGGAAAUUGGGAGCCCUUCCUUUCCCCGAACAUAUGUUCCUAAAGCAUCCGAUUUCAGGCUUUUGAGGUCAAUUUGAUAUUACAGAGAUGGGUCCUCACGUUCUUUCGUUUCUCCCUCCUUCAUUUUCCUUGCGCAUUUUCUGUUAUCCCUUCCUGCUUUCUGGCUGUUUUGCAACCCUGGUGACAAAUCCAGCUGUGGCAACUGAGAUGUAUUUCAGCAGUAAAUGAGAUGUGUUGUAGUUGUCACAAGACAUCGUACAGACGCGAUAAGAAGAAGAAAUGUCCUUUCGGCAACAUUAGUGCCGGCUCAGCUAAGGAAAUAUUUUAUGACACAAGUCAGUCGAACAGCUUCACAAUCUCUGGAUGACAGAGUUUGUAGGCCUUGAAAGCAUAUUGCACUAAGACAAGUGUUACCGUUUUGAGCUCUUGCUUAACCUAGCAGUUGCCGGUGAACAGUAAGUACUAAGGAGGCAGUUUGGAUGAAGAUCUCGAAAACGGCAGCUCCGUAGAAGUAAGGACUCAUCAGACUAACUCUUCUCUAAAACCCAUCAUGGAAAAUACUUGAAGCCAAAACUGCUGGGAAACUGGGAUAGAAGAGGCCCCCCUUCUAAUUUUUUGUCCUGUGAAUUAAGCAAGAGUAGGAGGUUUACAACCUAUGGCUUCAGAGUCAAAAGUGGCUCUUAAAAAAAAGAAAAUUAAGGUGUUUUGAAAGGGGUACGUCGGAUGCUAGAAUAACCAGCCGAUGAAGGGAAUGGCAGGCAAAGGUUUUUAAGGGAUUAAAUUAAUUCUUCACGGAAAGGGAAGUCCCGAGGUGUCAGCAGCUGCCAAUAAUCCAAAUGAGAACUCUGAUAGAUUUAUGCCAGUGUGUUCAAACAACAUUGGAGUAUGCUGUGUGUAGUAAUUAUCAUGUCCUCAUGUGUGCCGCUUUUUAAUACUCAUGCGUUUGGGCUGCAUAAACUUUAUGGAUGAUU